AUGAACUGCCCCUCGCGGACCGACGAUACCCUCGACAACCCCGGCUGGAAUCAGAACCCACCUCCCUUUAGCCCAGAUACUACGACCCGCAACGACUUCAACGGCCUUGCAAACGCGCGAGUCCAUCGCAAGCAUGCCGCAGGGACGGGGGGCGCCGCCGGCGACGAUACCAUGGCGAUCGAUCCGCGACCGCAGAGUUUGGAAAACCCGGACCCAGCAAUAGAGAAGAGACCGGGCGGCGAAGUGACCGUAGCGGCCUCGAGGUGUGAAUCACCUUCGAGGACCUGCGGUUCACCUCGCCGUCCUUUCUCUAACUUUUCAUUCUCUGCCUCUACGCAGCAUUGUGUGCGCAGUUUGGUCAAAUUCGGCCGCUUCAUCGGCCCUGGGUUCCUCAUUGCGGUCGCCUAUAUCGAUCCGGGAAACUAUGCCACGGAUGUCGGCGCCGGCGCACAGUUUAAAUUUGCUCUACUGUUUAUCGUUCUCUUGUCCAACCUCUUUGCGGUCCUUCUACAAUCUCUGUGCAUCAAGCUGGGUUCGGUGACGGGCCUCAAUUUGGCGGAGAAUUGUCGCGAGCAUCUCCCCCGAUGGCUGGUCAUUAUACUGUACAUUAUGGCCGAGGGGGCGAUCAUUGCCACCGAUAUUGCAGAGGUGGUUGGUUCUGCGAUUGCGCUGAACUUGCUUCUUCACAUUCCUCUCGUCGCAGGAUGUGCGAUCACUCUAGUGGAUGUCUUCUUCCUGUUGCUGUUCUGGCGGCCGAAUGGCUCGAUGCUGGGCCUGCGCCUUUUUGAGUUCUUCGUGAUGGCUUUGGUCCUUGGCGUGGUGAUUUGCUUUUGCAUUCAGCUAUCCCUCAUCAAGGACCAAUCGGUGGGAGAAGUCUUCAGAGGUUACCUCCCAUCUUCUGCUAUUGUGCAAUCCGAAGGUCUCUACCAAAGUUGCGGUAUUCUGGGUGCUACAGUCAUGCCUCACUCCCUCUUCCUAGGUAGUGGGGUGGUGCAAGCUCGACUAAAAGACUUUGAUGUUACUGCGGGAUACGUCGAGUCUACUGUGCCUCUGGGAAGCAAUGGCGGCCAGGUAGAGUACCGACCUACCCUCCACGCCAUUCGCGGUUGCAUGAAAUACUCCAUCAUCGAACUGGCACUGUCCCUGUUCACUUUUGCAUUGUUCGUCAACAGUGCGAUUCUCAUCGUCGCGGGCGCGUCUCUCUACGAUGUUGCCGGCGGAAGUAGUGCCGACCUUUUCGGCAUCCACGACCUUCUUUCCUCGUCCGUCUCGCCAGCUGCCGGGUUAAUUUUUGCUUUGGCUCUCCUUCUUUCCGGUAUUUCGGCCGGCAUUGUCUGUACCAUGGCCGGCCAGAUGGUCAGUGAAGGCAUGCUGAACUGGAGCAUUCAGCCUUGGCUGCGAAGACUCAUCACUCGAUGCAUCAGCAUUAUUCCCAGUAUCAUCAUCGCGGCAGCUGUCGGCAAAGAAGGUCUUGACAAGACCCUGACAGCUAGCCAGGUCUGCCUCAGCGUUAUCCUGCCUUUCGUCUCUGCCCCGCUCAUCUGGUUCACAUGUUUUAGUAAAUACAUGACCGUCUCGACUGAGCAGACAGCCGAUGGCGAAGGUGAAGGCGAUGUCCAGGUCGACCAAGUGUCCAUGCGCAACCACUGGUUUACCUCUCUGGUAGCCAUACUCGUGUGGCUUCUCAUUGCCGUGAUGAAUGUGGCCUUGCUAGUAUUGGUGGGUAUGGGCAAGGCGUAA